AUGACGACUAAGACCAUCCAUGGGAACUCGCAAUUCCAGAAGCCCUCCUCUCUACGCUGGACGUGGGAGUCACCCGGUGGAGGGUAUCGUAAUGAAAUAGACCACAUCAUCGUCAAUAAAAGGUUCUGCCUGAUGGACUUCGCUGUUGUACCAAAGUUCUAUACGGGAUCGGACCAUCGCCUCCUUCGAGGCAGAUUUUCCUUUACAAGGAGAGCAGAAAAAGCCGCCAAAUUCAGAGAGAGAAAUCCCAGGACUAUCAUCAACUGGGAUCUCCUCGCUACGCUAGCCGGCUUUUGGGAAGAUUCCGCAAUGGACAACAUCGACGAUGAAUACGACCGGCUUGUUGAACACCUUCACGACUGCGCGAAGAAGGCUGAGAGUUUUAAAACCACCAAGAGACGCCUGUCUCUUAAAACUCUUGAGCUGAUACGCCAGCGUGGAGCAGCACGAGCCGCAGGGAACCAAGAACUCAAGUCCGAGCUCGCAAGGUUUUGCAGAGAGGCGAUAAAGGAAGACCUUAAAGAGAGAAGAGUAGAAGUGCUGGCUGAGGCCGCAGAGGCGGGCAAAAGCAUCCGCUAUGCCCGUCGAGACUUCGCCAGCCGCGCGACGAUCAUUCGAGUCAGUCGAGAUGGUAGUGGUGCUGGAACCCUUGGACAACCAAGGCGUCCCUAUUCCAGACAUAAAGGUAUUUCGUUUGUUGUCUAG